AAAUUGUCAGUGCUGUGGCUAGAGUAAGGAUUUAUAAAAUUAGUUUAUUCUGCGUUCAUGGGAAUUUUAGUUUGUUUUUCUAAAUUGAUUUCUUGUGGUUGUUAUUUAAUCAAGAUGGCAUUGUGGAGACCUUUUAUUGAUGUUGAAAUGGACAUUGUUAAAGGCUCGGUUAAAGAUAAUUAUAUAGCGGAAACGUCAGAAUUUAUAAAUAAAGACUUGCAUCCUCAAACUCAAAGACUUAUUUUUAAUAUUUACACUUACUUGAAAAGUGAAAUGCGUGGGGCCUCACAAAACGAAAUUUUAAAAAGGAUUUUUGAGCUGAUUAAACUUCCCUGUAUUACAAUUUAUACUGUUGUUAGAGCAGGAGGUGUCAUUGAUCAUUCCGUAAAACGAAAAAGAGAUAAUCAGAAGCUUAAGAAGGUUGAUAAUGCCGACAAAGAAGUUAUACGCCGAGUUGAACACAAGUUUUUACGAAGAAAAUAAGGUUCCAACUUUAGAAAUGGUUCGUAAUAUGUUAUAGGAUUAUCUCGAUUAUCAAUAUAAAUCUCCAGACACAUUGCGCAAUAUUUUGCUAGAUUGUGGCUUCAAGUACAAAAAAUUGAAUAAAACAAAGGUCGUGGCAGGAGUAUUUACGAAAAGUUAAGCAAUAACGCCAAUCAAAAAGAGAAAUAGUGUACCUUGAUAAAACUUGAUUCGACACACAUGUUCUUGUUAAAUAUGGUUGGGUGGAUGAAAGUAAUAAGUGCUCUCUAAAGGGACCUUGUUCUCGCAGUAAACGAGUUAUCAUUCUACACACAGGCAGUAAUAAGAGUUUUGUUCCUAAUGCUCUUCUAUUGUCAGCUAAAAUUAUAAAACAGAAAUCUGCUGACUACCAUGAAGAUAUGACUGCCAGUCUGUUUGAAAGAAGGUUAAAUGAACUACUGCUGUCAAAUCUUUCCCCAAAUUCUGUUAUUGUUAUCAUUCCCGUCUACAUAACAAAAUUCCCAAUAGCAGCACAAAGAUGGAAGUUAUUCUUAAAUUUAUGGAAAGUAAAAAUAUGGAAAUUCCUACAAAGUCUACCAAAAAAGUGUUAUUGGAAUCUAUACAAAAAAUUUUUUUCGAAAAGAUUAUGUAAUCGAAGUCCAUGGUCAUAUUAUUCUACGUCUUCCUCCCUAUUACUGCGAAUUCAAUACGAUCAAGAUGUUUGGGCUGCUGUUAAAAAGAAAACCUGACAAAAUAUAAUCAAUCUCCAACUGACAGUGACUAGAAAAUAUACGAACCGUUAUUAAUAAAGUAAACCACAGUGGUAAAUGGAUGAAAUAAGCCCAGCAUGUCAUAGAAAAGGAGAAUGAAUAUUGCAUUUUACCUUUCAAAGACCCCAUUAUCAUAAUCCUAAAUCCAGAUUCAAGCUCUGAAAAUUUAUAAAAUUAAUUAAAUUUUUAUUAAAUUCUUAUGGCAGGACAAACUGGUGAUUUUUUGACAUUACUCUAUAUUUCUAAUAAAACAAAUAUCCGUGUAGGUACAUGAAGAAUAAAAUUAAUUUUGAAAUACAAAGAAGCCGCCGCGACGGUCGGUAGAUAUUUAGUUUUUAUGCCGUUCGAAUUGACUUCGUAUAGACUAUAAAUAUGUCACUUUAUUCAACGAUGAGUUUACCAUGUUAUUGGUCUUAUUUCCUUCGAUGAAUAAAAAAACACAGGCAACCUUUUAGAGAUUGUUCUCAUUUCAAAUUUUGACAUUUUUGGAUUAUUUUAUUUUUCAAUUUUCAACUUUAGCCUUUCCAAUAUUAUUAUGUCCUAUUAAAUAGUCUUCUGUUUAUCAUCUGGAAAAAAAAUAUUUUCAAGAAUGCGUAAAGUUGCUUCUAUUUUAAUUAUACUGAGAAUUUAUAUUCGAAGAAUCUAUGAAUGUACGAAAAAAAGAUAAAAGACAC